AUGCUUGCCUUGAUCUCGAAGCUGCCUUUCUCGGGCCAUCCGAAUUCGAAACCGGCUACGGAACAUUCGACAACUGCUCGUCCGUUCCAGUGCGAACGGUUGCCAUCUCAACUCUUGGGCAAUCCGCUGGGGCAAAAUCGGUCACGCUUCGAUUCCACGGUAUCCGGCUUGAACCCCGGGUCAAAGAGCCCCGAGUCGGCCCGGGAUUCAUAUCCCCCGCAUGGAGAUGAUGAGAAGAGCCAUGUCGCCAUUUCUCACCCGGUCACAGUCGACGAUAGCCUCACGAUUCUUGAAGGAAGGGAAAGGGACGCUGCAACCCCAGCCGUGUCCCUGCUCGUCAAGCAGUAA